GUGGAAAAGAAUCACGGCGUGAAAGUGGUUCAGUUGUGAAUCUGCUGCACAGAAGCACGGUCGUCUUUCUGCCAGUUAAAUAUUGUGCUGUUAAGAUAAUUAGCGAACAGUAUUGUAAUGAAAACAUAAAUCUGUAAAAGAGAUGAGUUGUAUCAGUAGCUAAACAAAUCCGUUUUAAAAGAAGUGCGAAACUAUUAUUUGCUGCUGUUUGGGCAUUUCCGUCUCAACCUAGUUUUUGCCGUGUCCGGGAUUAGCGCCAUUCGUAAGGAUCCCUCCCUCACUUAACAACAACCAUGACGGUGGAACGUAUCGAUACCUUCUACGACCUGGACAGCAUCUAUAGCACCAUAGAGCGGAUGUUGCUGCUAAUACGCCAACUGUCAGGCGUCUCCCGGCUGGGCGAAAAUGGUCGCUCACUCUCGUUCGAGCUCCAGUGGAUCAAUGCGAUCGACGAGCGCAAGUAUCAGAUCGAGGAACUGCGCGGCUCGGUACAGUACCUUUUCGCCCAGUUCCGCAAGAUUUAUCUCGUCAACAAGGAUUUGUACGCGCAGCUUAACAAGCGCGGUGGUCGUGUGUUCGAGCUGGACAAACAGAUCGAGGCGCAGGGUGACAGCAAGUGUCUGUACUUUCUGGCCGAUGCGAUCAAGUACGAACCGGCCCUGCUUGCUAUGCAGCGUGUACUCGAUCGUACGAUGCGUGAAAUACGUAUCUUUCGGAACCAGCGCAACCAGCACAAGCUGGAACUCUGCAUCGGACACAUUCGGUGUGAGAACUAUGACAAGGUGUACGACGAAUACUGUUCAUUUGAGAAUGGACUACAGCAGCUGCCACUCAUCAUCGAGGCGGUUUUCGAGCAGGACAUGAAGAAUCUGCUGAAGGUGCUACUAUUUCUCACCGGCUAUCGGAAGCUUAACAAAGCAAACUCUUCCGAAACGUUUGUGGCCGGGUGCGAAUACUUGCUGCACCAGAUACAACAAUCGAGCGAUUUAUUCGAACAUCCACUCAGCUUGCUACUGUACGGGUUUGUGGUGGAUUCACUCCAAGAACCACCCGAACUAUCAAUUGCAUCAAGAAUGAAAGAUGUUUUCCGGGAACGGUUAGAAUGCGUCCGAUCGCAGCUGAUCGAUUGCAUCCAGCGUACGGUGCGGCUCAUCCAAACCAAACCACAAGCGACAAUUGCGCUAGCCAAACUGUUCCAUCAUAUUGCCGAGGAGAUCCUGAUCGAACUGCUCAAGCGUGCGUACGAAGGUGAUGUGCGGUAUCUUCAGAACAUUCUACAGUUUGUGGCACACUUGUCGUGCAUCGAUCAUGACAUCAUCAGCUACCGUGUGCUGUACGCGCAGAUGGAGCAUUACGAACAUUUGUUCCAGCCGGAAAUAUUUCUGCUUGCCUAUCGCAUCAAACAGACCAUGCAGGAGACGGGUUUUGCGACUGCAAGUCUUCGUGGCGAUUUGGAACGUCUAAAGGCGAGUCUUCCGGCGGUGGUGGUUACCAUCCUCUGGAACACGGUUACAAUUUCCCGCCACGAAUCGCGCAUCUUGCUUAAAUUCAGUGCCAUUGGGAAGGAUGUGGGAUUUUCACGCUAUAUUGCCGACAAAAAUCGGAUCGAGUUUGAACCGCUUGAGGAGGGUAGCUGUUUCCGAAUUCGUGCCUGCGCUAUCAACGGGUUUCUUGGCGAGAGUGGUACCGGGCUUCCAAUCAUUGCGUCCAAAUCGGAAAGCCUUUCGAAUGCAAAGUUUCGCUGGAAGUUAAUCCCGGUAGUGGGUUGUGAGUUUUUUCGCGUGCAGAACUACGCCAGUGGUGCAGUGCUGUAUUCGCAGAUCCCGUGCGAAGAGUCGCAGUACGAUUUCUACAAUAGUCAGGAAAUUUUACACCUAACCGGCAGUGAACGUUCACUGACCGCACAGAACAGCUACUGGAAGAUUGUGGAAUAUUCUCGACGAUCGCGCACCGGUAGCGGUGGUUCGGGCGAAGGAGAAUGUCGCAUACUGUGAGAGGGACGUGCGUGAAACGGAUUCCGAGCUCGGGCGUGUACCGACCGAGUCCAUUUGUUUGACCAUAAGCCGGCUAAUGACACGCGCUAAGUGCUAACGAUGGCGGCACAUUGCGUAGCGCGCACCGAAAAACCAGAUGCAGCUGAGCAAAUAGAGUACGCUAGUGAUCCCUUGAGCAUGGUGCGCGGACGUUCCAUUUGCAGGAUGCGAUUGUUAUUUUUGCUUCAGCACAGCCCACCGCACCCACCUACUUGGGGCCCGUGUCUAUAACGCAACGUGUGCGCCCACAUCCGGCCCCCGUGUUCGAUCGGAAUUACUCCAACCGGUAGUGAAUAAGGACCAUAAAUAACCCGUCCCAUUGAUGAGAGUGUGUACACGGUGCGGUAUGGGACGAUCGCAGGGUAGCCGUUUGUUUUGAUUGUACUACCAUAAUCGAGGCCGGGCGUGAAUGAAUCAGAAAAACCCGUUACGACGAUGAACUCGUAGGCCCGAAUGUUCCCACCCCCCGUUUCGGGUCAGCUAUGCUUGAUGUUUUUACACGUGGCGCGACGUGGCGGGACACCGAUGAUGACGAUACCCUUGGACCAGUUUCCCUGUUUUUUUUUCAUUCGUCUAAAUCCACGAUUGGGACAGCCCCUUAAUCGGACCGUGAUAUUCAAAUACGUAGUGCUAUAUUUUAAGAAUGACGAAAUGAAUACAAAUACCAACCAUCGUCGUGUGCGGGUGGGUGAAAUAUUUUUGCGGGGAGCGGGGGUGGAAAGCGUUUGAUUAUCUACGAAACAUUGUUUACAUUUCGUUGUUCUGCUUUUGAUCUUGUUGAAAUUAAACGGCUGAAAACAAUGACGAUGCGCCAGGAUUGUCCAUUACUCAUCUCUAUCGUAGAGACUGCGUGGCAUGCAUUGCCGUUAUUAUUAUAAGAUACGUAAUACAUCAUAGCAGAGUGGGAAGAGAAUUUAUACUAGGUACUAGAUACUAGAAAAAACGUAAAAUAAAUAUAUCUUAAUAUUACAUUGUACUAUUAAAGAGGAAAUAAAUAAAAAUACUCUUUGAAAUGAAAAGUA